AUGAAUCCACAGAUCUACCUGAAAUGUAGUGGUUCUGUGAACAUUUUUGAUGUUGAACAAAAAGCUGCCAACCAGCAAAGGCUUAGAAAGCUUGGACUGAAAGGUUUCUUGGCCCUAACCUUCACUGGCAUCCAGAGGCUGACCCACUCGGACACACAGAUGAAGCGUCUGGAGCCAUGGAAGAUAGCCCUUAUCGUUCUUUCAAUAUUGGCAUUUCUGGCACUUGUCAUUGGUCUGCUUGUGUUUUUUCUGAGCAACGAAGAGAAACGCUAUUACACUGCGAACUUUAAAAUCACUAAUCGCCAGUACCACCCCGACUUUGAAAAACAAACCUCAGAAGAAUUUAGACGUCUGAGCACAGAGAUCGAGAGAUUGAUUACCAGGACAUUUGAAGCCUCCAUUUUAAAGGACAGGUACAUCACAUCCCAGGUGGUCAGUCUAAGCCCAGACCCUACAGGAGUGGUGGCGCAGGUUGUGUUGAUGUUUGAGUUCGUCUCAGCUGAUAGCCAGGCAGGAAACCAGGAGCGAGUCAACAAGGUUCUGCAUAUGCAGAUGAAAACAUACACUGGGUCCUUGGAAAUUGAUCCGUCUAGUUUCAAACUCACAAGAGUCAAAAGGGAAAGUGGUGAAAACCUGCUCAACAACUGCUGCGGGACACGAAUGCAGAUGGUGUCAUCUGUGGGAGUAGCAAGAAUAACAGGGGGCCGGCUUGCCCAGGCUGGGGAGUGGCCAUGGCAGGCCAGCAUUCAGCUGAAUGGCAUGCAUCGCUGUGGCGCAUCAAUCAUCAGCAACACAUGGCUUGUAACAGCAGCGCACUGCUUCAGAGGAGUGAAGGACCCUCGUGUGUGGACAGCCAGCUUUGGGACUGUGAGAAGACCUCCUAAAGAGAGAAGAGCCAUCCAGAGCAUUAUUGUUCAUGAACAAUAUGCUGAUUAUCUUUAUAACCACGAGUAUGACAUUGCUGUCAUGAAGCUCGCCACUCCUCUGCCCUUCACAAGUGAAAUACACAGUGUCUGCCUCCCAGAACCAUUGCAGGUGUUUCCAGAGAACACCAGCUGUUUUGUCACAGGAUGGGGAGCUUUGAGGGAUGAUGGUCAAAGCGUUAAUCAACUACGGCAAGCAGAAGUGAAAAUCAUUGGCACUAACAUCUGCAACCGCGAGGAAGUGUACAAUGGAGCCAUCACACCUGGGAUGGUGUGUGCAGGAUACUUGGAGGGGAAAAUAGAUGCAUGUCAGGGUGACUCUGGUGGGCCACUGGUUACUCCAGAUUCUAGAGGCAUCUGGUACCUUGUGGGAAUUGUGAGCUGGGGAGAUGAAUGUGCCAAACCAAACAAGCCCGGAGUCUACACUCGAGUGACUUAUUAUCGGGACUGGAUUACUUCAAAAACUGGCCUAUAAAAUCCCAAGUGAGCAAAACUGCAGGACCAUGCAAGCCUGUAAUACCAAAAUAUUAUUUAAUGUACAUAGGUCUUGUUGCCCUUUGGAUUGUUGUUGGAUUCACUUGUGGUCUUCCUAAUGCCAGUAAAUUCAGAGAGGAGGCAGAGCUCUGAAUAACUGUGGCCUACCACUGGAGGGGAACAUACACUCUCAGAAUAUAUUGCAAAGAGUCAAACCCUUCCAUUUGACUUUGCCAUUUAAAAAAAAAUACAUU